AUGGUCGACAUGACGGGGACAUCUUCAGCAGCAAUUAGCAUUGACAACUACAAGGGCGUUAUGCUUUGCAAUCGGCCAUUUCAUGGAGUUUCUAGCGUAACGAAAGAAUGUCGGCAAGGAACAAAGUCAAAUAAUGAUAUGAUCGACAAUAGUAAGGCAGCCUUUUUGGCGGGUAAUCCAGGCGAGCCGCUUGGACUAAAUGUACCGAUACUUAGUGAACCUGCGCAUGCUAUCCGUCGAGAUAAGAAGGAUACAGCCUUGUCGAAGCAUCGAAAGUGGCUCUACGAUUUGCAAAAAGAGCGUGCUCGACUUCAGGAAACAUUGACUGAAGAGGAAGAAGCAUUACAAAAGCGUCGAGAGAGGUUUUUGCGGAGAGAAGCAAAGCUGCGUGAGACAGCACGCAAUGACAAUAAUGAAAGUGACGAUAUAUCAGGCACUGGACCUGCCGAGGAGAAGAAAAGAGAUUUAAAUCGCCCUAUGUGGGCUCUUACAAAAGCUACAGCUGACGAGAAGCUUGAUAUGUUAGAGGAUGCUGAAACAAAUGAUCUGAUAGAUUUCGCCAAUAAUCUUGAUAUUGAUCAAUUUAUGGAUGACGUGGAGACGAAAGCACGCGUUGCUCAAGUUGAGCAACAAUUAGCUCAAGUGCAGUCAAUUGUCGAUCAUGAAGAGGCGGAAGAAAAGCGUAUUGAACGAGAUCAACAGCGGCUUGAGGAUAAUGCCAACAAUGGUGGCGCCAUGAUUGAAAAUGACGUGUCUCGACUUGGGGACCGAGCUGAUUUUAAAGAUAGCGACGAUGAUACGAAAAGCGUAGCGAAUAGCAUAUUAGAUGAGUGCAAGUCGAUGCGCUCGGUACACUCAGUACGGUCUAUCGCUGCUAUAACAAAGCGGGUCGAGGCAAAGCUUGAAGUAUCUGCUUCAUCUGAAUCAGACAGCACUUGUGUACCACGUAUCGUGACAAUUGAUGAAGCAGAUGGAGCACGUAUGCAGAUCAAGACUCUUCCAAGCAAUUUACCCUACAUUCAUCGGAAUCCUGCCAUUUGA